AAAACGCGUUUCUUUUUCAGCGGCUUCACUAACCAGUAGCAACUAGCAACCACACCGCCAUUUUCCCACUUGCGAAAAUAAACUGACCCCCGCCGUUCACUGGAGCUCCGAAGAAAGAUCUGCAUGCGCGCUCUAAUGGCGACCAUUUCUCCAAUCGCCUCCGCGUCACUUCCUUCCCUAUCUCUCUCACCCUCUUCUUCACCUUCACCAGCUUUCCUGGUCUUCAAACCUGCUUACCCGGUCCUCUCAUUCAACAGCAACAACUCCGUCCCUCGCCGGAACAAUUUCCUAGCCGCCGCAGCCGCAAACGCCGAUUCCGCCGCUCUAUCCUCCUCCAGCUCCCCGCCUCCGAAUCCGCCUCCGAGAUCCAAGGUGCGGCGGCACACGAUCUCCGUCUUCGUCGGCGAUGAGAGCGGGAUGAUUAACAGAAUUGCCGGCGUUUUCGCCAGGAGAGGUUACAACAUCGAGUCGCUGGCCGUUGGUCUGAACAAGGACAAGGCGCUCUUCACCAUUGUCGUCUCCGGAACGGAGAGGGUGCUGCAGCAAGUCGUCGAGCAGCUUCAGAAGCUCGUCAAUGUCUUGAAGGUUGAAGAUCUCUCCAGUGAGGCUCAGGUAGAGCGCGAAUUGAUGCUUAUAAAAGUGAAUGCUGAAACUGAGCACCGUGCUGAGAUCAAGUGGUUGGUCGACAUCUUUAGGGCGAAAAUUGUUGAUAUCUCAGAGCAUUCAGUCACAAUUGAGGUUACUGGAGACCCUGGGAAAAUGGUUGCUGUGCAGAGAAACCUAAGCAAGUUUGGUAUCAAAGAAAUUGCUAGAACUGGCAAGAUUGCAUUGAGAAGAGAAAAAAUGGGUGCCACUGCUCCCUUUUGGCGAUUCUCUGCCUCUUCAUAUCCUGAUCUUGGAGAGAAUGGGGCUGAAAAUGGACUAUCAGCGGUUAAAAGUAGAGCAGUCAUCACUGAAGCUGAUACGAGUGCAGGGGGAAUUUCAAAUUCAUUUAUCCAGGGAGAUGUUUAUCCUGUGGAGCAGUCUGAUGGGUUUCCUUUUCAUCAAGUUCUUGAUGCACACUGGGGUGUUCUAAAUGAGGAAGAUAAAAGUGGUCUUCGAUCACAUACUUUGUCCAUGCUUGUAAAUGAUGUCCCUGGAGUUCUCAACCUUGUUACUGGGGUUUUUUCUCGACGGGGUUAUAAUAUUCAGAGUUUAGCCGUUGGGCAUUCUGAGAAGGAGGGCCUCUCGCGUAUUACAACUGUCGUACCUGCUACAGAUGAAUCAGUUAGUAAGUUGGUGAAGCAACUGUAUAAGCUAGUUGACCUUCAUGAGGUUCGUGAUCUUACCUCCUCCCCAUUCGCUGAACGUGAACUAAUGUUGAUCAAGAUCGCGGUGAAUGCUGCUGCUCGCCGCGACGUCCUUGAUAUUGCCACCAUUUUCAGGGCAAAAGCAGUUGAUGUCUCUGACCACACCAUAACCCUCGAGCUUACGGGAGAUCUGGACAAGAUGGUUGCUCUGCAGAGAUUGCUGGAACCCUUUGGCAUCUGCGAGGUUGCACGAACUGGACGAAUAGCUCUGGUUCGCGAAUCAGGCGUGGAUUCCAAAUAUCUCCGCGGAUACUCUUAUCCUAUAUAGUUAAUUCACAGGCACCCGUUCUUCGCAGCAACGACGAAGAAAGCAGUCUAACAGCAUGCUUCAGUGAGGUAAGAAUGAGGCCCCUGCUGGGAGACAGUUCGGUUACCGAAUGUUGUGCCAUUGCUCUGCUGUAUGCCGUAGUUUGGGACCAGCUACAUACUGGGUAGAACUUCCAUGUACUAUAAAACGAAAUUUUGUUCGCUUCCCUGUCUUCGAAAAUAUUGGUUUCUGUUUUGGUACGAGUUCUUGGCAUAAGCAGAAAUAUGACCUGUUGCUAUCUUAGUGGUGAACCGACUGAUUCGUAGGAUAGAUAUUGGCCCUGUUCUCGCUAUGCUGCGAGUCGAAUGGGAACUGUCAUGGCUGUCCAAUUUGGCUUGGCCAAGAUCUGGCUGUGAGGACCGUAGCCGAAUUGUUUCACAUGGAACAUACACAAAACAUCUCGGUCAUGUUCGUAGCAUAUACAAAACGUUACAACGAAGAAAGUAUAGCAAAAAUACCAAUUUAGUUUAACAUUACUUUCCUUCAAGCAAACAGGAAAGUUUUAAGGGAGGAAGUGGCAGAGGGACGGGAAAGCGAACUUAGGUUACAAAGGAAAUGUGCCUCGUUUGUUUAUCAUUACACAAUCAGAACAAAUAGUCUGGAACUUGAAGGGGAAACCGCGCCACAUCUACAUCGAACGGACCUCCUUUCGCCUUUGCCACACUGUACGACGAAAAAUAAAGCACUUGAAACGAACACCCGACUGACUUGGGACACGAACCAGCUUCAAGAAACUUAUAGCUACGAUUCCCAUGAGAUAAUCUCUCUACUAAAAUGUGAAUGAACUACAACGGUUGAUAUAGAUGGCAAAAGCAAUGAUGACGAAGAUCAUCUUGAUCUGAACUGAGAAAUGCGAGGACAUCGAACACCAACAGUCGAAACUCGAAAGCAAUGAUAAUAGAGAUCAUCAUGAUCUGAACUGAGAGAUACGAGGACAUCAAACACGAACAUCAAAUUUAUAGAUUUAUCCUAGAUGAGACUAAAUGCCUACC